CCCCUGGCCCUGUAUGCCUUCUCCAACAGCAGCCAGGUGGUGGAGCAGGUGCUGGCCCGGACCAGCAGCGGGUGCUUCGGUGGAAACGACGGCUUCAUGUACAUGGCGCUCCCCAGCCUGCCCUUCGGAGGAGUGGGGGCCAGCGGGAUGGGCAGGUACCACGGCAAGUUCUCCUUCGACACCUUCUCGCACCACCGCGCCUGCCUGGUGUGCAGCCCCUGCCUGGAGAAGGUCAACGCCAUCCGCUACCCACCCUACCCAGACAGUAAGAAGAAGCUGAUGCACUGGGCCAUGGGCUCCCAUGGCUGCACCCUCCUGUGA